UAUGAAUUUAGGCAAUGUCAUCUUCUACUUAAAAUUCAUCAAAUUUCAAAAUCUGCUUUUGAAAGACACACUAUAAGAAUGAAUUUUUGGAAAUUUUAGAUCUAUAAGAAGGUUUAAAAAUCUUCGAACACAUAUACUCUUUUGGAGUUUUUCUCUUUUGAGGAUUUAUUUGCAUCAUUGAUUUAACUAAUUCAAUGAUAUCCUUAUCAAUUUUUGUAUUAGGUAUACUAUAUUUUCCAAUAAUAUUAUUUUUAAGUUUGGUUUAUUAAUCAUUUCCAAAGGGAUUUUCUUUGAAUAAUCUAUAGAAAUAGAUGAAUAAAAUUACAAGUGGUAGAAGAGUGUGCCUAACUGAAAGAUAUUAGCUUGAGGUGAAAUGAGGUACUUAUUUGAUAAAUAUUCAGGAGGAAUAAAACCAAUAGAAUUGCCCUUUCUAAAAUAGAAUUAUUAAUUACAUAGGCAUUCCUUUAUAGCAUUAAGAGGUAGAGUAAGUAAAAUUAUUAAAUAUGAUUGAGUUAGAAUCUAUAGAAUAAUGAAUUUCAUCUAAAUUAAUAUUAUUGUGUAUUAUUUGAAGUUCUUGAAAAAUGUUUAAUACUAACAAUAAAUUAAUGUGAUACCUGUCAACAAUUGUUCUACAAUUUCAAUAAUAACAGCCA